CACAACACAGACACACACAGACACGCACACACACACAAACACACACAUACACACAACACACACACAACAACAACACAACACAGCAGUACACACACACAGCACACACACACACACACACUCCUAGUGCUAGAACAAAACUUCAAGUGAUACAGAUAUUUGAUGCGAUGCGAUAAGGCUUUUACAUGCUCCUAUACCACGUCGGUUUCGAGCAUGUCCGCCCCAGCGUUCGGCCUCUGGAGGCCAGGGACCCAGUCUGGGGCAGAUUUGAGCUAAAUAUUUUAACCUGAGACCUUUUUACCGUGUAUUUCCAUCAUUCUACCCUCAAAAUUAUUUGUAAUCCAUGUAAAAAUGUUUAGUGAUAUGUUUGGAAUCCUACAUAGCUGUUGGGUAGUAAUGCUAAUAUGAAUAAAUGUUGUUAUCCCAAAUUCGGGCAUUUUCGUUUAAUUCGGGCAAAAGCUAGCCUUCCCCACCCGCACCCCUUACAAAAAUGGGGACCUGUACGUCUAUAUUGGCUGUUAUAUGAUUUUAUUAAUAUUUCAGUGGGCAUCGUUCCCGAUGCGGCAUGUGGCAGUAUAAGUUGUGGCUGUAAACACUUCAUGAACACGUGGGUGCCUAACUUCUGGAGCAGCACGCCGGUUGUGUCCGGGGUGAUGGUCAUGGACACCAUCAUGAACUUUGAUGAGACGAGGCAGUCACAGAAACUUCCAGUAUCAUCAGAGAUGAUGCGCACGCUGUUCCCUGUGGCAGCUAAAAGUAUUGCUAGUGACGGUUCCCAGGGCGAUUUUCUCACUGCAAUCGGCCGCCCAGCUGAUUCCCGAAUACUCGACGCCUUUGUGAAUCAGUUCCAGAAUCAGGGACAGGGCCGGUACAAGAUAGAGAAGCUCAACUUGUCUCCGCUGAAGGGAAAUAUCAUAUCGCAAGACGACAUUUCUAGAUACGACCAUUUCAUGCGAAGUGAUCAUGCUGUUUUCUGGCAGGCUGGAAUUCCCGCCAUUUUCAUAACCGACACGGCCGGCUUCAGAGGUUACAUGCAGAACUGCUACCAUAAACGCUGUGACACCAUGGAAAGAGUCACCGACAGCAUGAUUGAAUUUGCUGCCAAAACAUCCAGAGCUCUUGCAGCAACGGUCAACCAAAUGGCGCCCACACUUCCAAAUGUUAAUUCAGGACACCAAACAUUUCCGGAAGUCGUCAUCCUGUUCUGGGUUGUCUUUCUUGCAAUGCUGCCAAUGUGAAGUUAACAGCAUAAAAGUGCUUGACAAGCACCUCAGAACUUGAAAUUAAAAUUUGUAAUACAAAUUAUACCACAAGUAUGUAGAAUUGUAGAAUACAAAAUUAAAGACAGAAUACAAAAUGAACCAGACCUCUCUCACUAAACACUAAUCACUAACCCAGUGUCCUGGACGAACAGCCUAAAUAGCUGUCCACGACAGUGCGCUUGAACCGUAAUUGGGAAAUAAUUAUUAAAGAAAGCAUAAUUUUAGUGGAACCACAGUUAUUUAGAACUGUACAAAUAAAAUUCAAAAUAAAAAAUUCAAUUUUUCACCUUAAUUAUGUAGUACUGUAGGAAUCAAAAUCAAAAUACUUGUAUUGUAUUACAUUUAUGUAGACGAGCAAAUUGUUUUGUUUUAACCUUUGUAUAACGUACUAUUUUUAUUCUACUUUGAAAGACAUUUUUUCUGUCAAUCUGUUUUUCUUUUUGAUUUUUACUCUUACACACACACAUAAUAAUUAUAUAUAUAUAUAUAUAUAUAUAUGUUAAUAUUGUUGUACAAAUUAAGUUAAACUGUAUUUGGUGUUAAUUUUUAAUCUGAACGACAAAACUGUGAAACGUGAUCAAGACCGUAUCACUGCACAAUGCAGAGUCGAAUGGAAAUUUGGUAAACUACUUAUUGAUUACCUGUCUCGUCUACAACAGUAUAAGAGGACAGCCACUCCCGAGGAGAUCCUAUUACUGGAGAUUUCAUCCUCCUUGCAUCGCCACAAAUAGGACUGCCACUCCAAGACUAGUUUACUAAAUCAAAACUAUCACAGGACAGAAUUUCAUUAGAAUACGUACAGCUGUGAUGACAUACACUCAUGAAUCACAGUUAAAACUAAUGAUACCAGGUGUUCACAAACCUUAUCUGUGUAUUUAAGUGCAUAUUUAUAAACAUAACAUCGCUUAUUGAUGCAUGCUUUGUAAUCGUUUUGUUCAGUCGUCAUUCAUUCAUUUUAUAAUAACUUUUUUGUCGAUUAUAAACUUCCCUCUUAGUAGGUUGUGCAAAUUGUAUUACAUUUAUGUAGAUGAGAAGAAUUGAAAAUAAAAAUAAUGAAGGCUAAUUGUACCAUGUGGCCCUUGAUUCAUAAGGAAAAAUACAGUAACUUUUAGAUAUGUAGAUAAAUAAAGAUUUUAAAUAAAUGUGUUUCGGUUUGAACAGUGUGGCGAGUAAAUGCUUUAGUUUAGUUUUAACCUUUGUAUAACGUACUACUUUUAUUAUACACUAAUAUUGUUUGAAAGACAUUUUUUCUGUCAAUCUGUUUUCCUUUUUGAUUUCUACUCUUACACACACACAUAAUAAUAUAAUUAUAUAUAUAUAUAUGUAUGUUAAUAUGUUUGUACAAAUUUGAUAAAAAAUAAAAAGUUUAACUGUA